GUCUGAGAAAUACUACCUACAUCCUGAAGAAGAACACCCUAUGAGGACUUGUAGGAGUAAAAAGUUUAUUGUUAAGGUUAUGUUUCUAGCUGCAGUUGCUCGACCUCGCUUUGAUUGUUCUAGAAACAAGCACUUUGAUGGGAAAAUUGGAAUAUUUCCUUUUGCCUUCAAAGAACCAGCUAAAAGGAAUAGCAAAAAUCGUGUUGCUGGUACUCUAGAAACAAAGCCUAUCCUAUCAGUGACCAAGGAAGUGUAUAGAAGGUGCUUAAUUGAUAAUGUUUUGCCUGCAAUUCGUGCUAAAUGGCCACAAAGUGAUGUUAUCAGCCCUAUCUUCAUCCAACAAGAUAAUGCAAAACCACAUAUUGAUCCAAUGGAUGUUGAGUUCAUAGAAGCUGCCACAAGAGAAGGUUUUGAUAUUCGUUUAUCAUUUCAACCACCUAAUAGCCCUGAUAUGAAUGUUCUUGAUCUUGGGUAUUUUAGAGCCAUUCAAUCACUCCAGCAUCAAGAAGCACCUAACUCUAUUGACGAACUAAUUUCUGCUGUUGAAAAGUCUUUCGAUGAAUUAUCAUCUGAAAGUCUCAACAAUGUGUUCUUAACCUUACAACUAUGUAUGCUUGAGGUGAUGAAGAAUUGUGGAGGGAAUAAUUACAAAGUUCCACAUAUUGGGAAGCAACGGUUGAUAAGAGAUGGAAAUCUUCCUUUGCAAAUUGGAUGUGAUAAGGAGCUUAUUGACAAAAUCAUCCAUUAUCUACAAGCAUGAAUGUACUGGUAUAUCAAGUCAUGGAUCAAGUUUCUGGACUUGGAUUAUGCUAACGCUUUUUGUGCAGAACAAGGGACUUGACUUUUGCUAUUAAUGCUUUUGUACAAAACAGGAGACUUGACUUUUGCUAGACUUUUGCUACUAAUGCUUUUGUACAAAACAGGGGACUUGACUUUUGCUAGACUUUUGGUACUAAUGCUUUUGUACGACUUGGCUUUUGCUAGACUUUGCUACUAAUGCUUUUGUGCAAAACAGGGGGCUUGACUUUUGGUCCUAAGUUAUUUUUGAGGGUUGCUUAUAAGAUUUGGU